AUGACUGAUACUGAGAUCCAGCAAGGAGACAAAGUCUCAUGGAGCUGGGGCAGUGGGAACCCCGGCGGUAAGGUCGCCGAGGUCAAGGAGCAGGGCGAGAUUGCCAUUGAGUCGAAUCGCGGCAACACUAUCAAGAAGAACGCGUCGCCUGACGAUCCGGCCGUUCAUAUUGAGCGAUCUGGCAAUGAUGUCGUGAAGCGCGCUUCUGAGCUCACUAUUGAGGAGAAGGCUGACGGCGCUAAUGGCGAGGAGAAGGAGGCUGAGGAAAAGGAGGAGAAAGAAGCCGAGUCGGACAAGAAAGACGAGCCUGAGACGAACGGGGAUUCGAAAGCAGAGGCAUCCAAGGAGGAGUCCAAGGAUGAGCCUGAAGCCGCCGCCAAAGAUGACGCCAAGGACGACGCGAAAGACACCACCAAGCCCACCGAGAAGAAACCCACCAAGACCACCAAGAAGAAGGCCGAACCAGCCAAGACCGGAACAAAGCGCAAGUCCCCCGCCUCCGACAAGGACGCUUCAGACGCCGAGAAAGACGAGCCAGAAGCCAAAAAGACCAAGACAGACGCCGCCGAAGCAGACGGUGAGGACAAGCCCAAAGUCAAAAAGGGCGGCCGUCCCAAAAAGGAGAAGAAAGAAGCCGCCCCCAAGAAACAGAAGCAGCCAAAGAAGGCCGCUACCGCCGACGGCGAGCCCCGGCGCAGCGCCAGAAAUAGGUCCUAG